GAGGCAUCCAGAAGCACUUCCACGAACGCCCGCAGCCAUUUUGACCCAAGCAAUUUGGGGUCACGCCAUUCUGUCUAAUGGGACCUUCUGCACCCCAUCCAGGUUGCCUCCACUGCACACCCGUGCCUGACAGAUCGUGGAGCGAGAUGAUGCCCCCAGGGGCGCAGACCGCCUGGGAGACGCCACCCUGCACGCCGCGCUGCCGCAGAGUGCCCUCGGUGUCGCCGCCCGCGAGGCGCGCGAGCAAGGGGCCUUUGCUGUCGGGCCUGGAGCGAAACUGCUGGAGGCGAGUGCGCUCGGCCCUCGAGGCGGACCCGGAGGCGGCCAGGCUGCCGCUCAUGGAGCCGCGCGUCGAGUGGCCGCUCUGCGCCGCGAUCCGCCUGGGCUGCAGCGAGGACAUCGUCCAGCUGCUGGUUCAGAACGGCGCGAGGGUCGAGGUGACCAACGAGCAGGGUCAGUCCCCGCUCCAGUGCCUCAGCUCUGGGCUAGCGAACGAGGUCCUCGGAGCACUUCCCGCCGACUUCGCUCCUGGCACCGACGACUGGGCAGAGCGGGUGCGCGAGUCCGCCGCACAGGGCGAGCUGCGCGUCGCCAUGGCGCUGAUGAGCGCGGGUGCGGAUCCAGAGGCGCGGCACGGUGACCGUGGCGGAGAGCAGUGCUCUAGUCUGGAGCUCGCCCAGCGCGCUGGCAAGGAUCACCUGGUCAGGCUGUAUGCGCAAAACCCAGCGCGCGACCUAUCGGGGCAAGGACCAUACAGGGUCCCCUGACUCUGAAUGGCACAAGCAUGAGCAUGUCCGUUCAAGGCAACAGUCGCAGGUGAGUGUUCAGCACCCCUGGCGGUUAAGUUUUUCUACAUAGACACAUCCCGCCUGAAUCGGCAUACAUGCUUCUGCGAGCACAGCCCAGACCAUCUUCAAGGUCACGGAGUGUUUUUCCUCCAGUUGCUGGUUUCAGUUUUCAGCAGAAUAUCUGCUCCAACGUUCGCCACUCUGGCGGCGCCUCUGCUCUUCCGCCUUGUCGUCGGCACACGUGCCAAUUCGAGGUCGCGUGGAGUAUUUGAGCCAUGCCGAUACGCCGAUCGAUACACGCUCUGCAUCAGCCCGGCCAGAGUGACAUCAAACAUGUAGUUAGUUUCUUUUGUUGUGGCGGUCGGCAUAGUUGUGCUACUUAUAGAUUGGAGUCUUGCUCUCACCAUGGCCGCGCGCAUCCUUGUUUUUUCGGUGGUCCUCGGGGGGGAAACAGCACUUCCCGACAGCCCCGACGCACCAAAUUUCGUGGUCCGCAGGUUGUCUCAAGGCUCUUCCAGCUUCCUUUUCCGCUCGCCCCGCGUUCCACGACCGCCCUUGGGUCCCCGAGGAUCGCCCCCAAGCGGCCCACGAUGCCCUGCGGGAGGGUGCCCAUACGGCGUUGGUCGGCCCGCUCGCUCUGCUACCAGCCAUCACCUUGAAUCCCCCAGCCUGGAUGCCUACGCAUCAUCGCACUGGCGAUGUCUCGGCAUCGGCAGGAGGGUGAGCAGGGCAGGCAUCGAUGUUUCAAGGUACCAGAGCUACUGGGCCGUGCUAAGAUGAGGGGGAG